CACCCAAGGCUCCGUGGAGGACUGUUAUUUUCUUGUUAUAUUUAUACCUAGUAUUUAUUCAUAGAUAUUUAUAUUUCAGCCUGAUCUGGAAUGGUUUACUGAGAAGAAAGGCAGAGCUAGCCGAAAUGCAGUCUAUUAGGGCGCCAGGACAGUUUUCAGCGAGGUGAAACGAAAAUUCACAAACUUUGGGCAUGUGUUUACUGUACGAGUCCGUAGAAAUCUUCUCAUCGACUAAGGGCUGAACAAAAACGGGGUGGGUUCCAUAAAGAACCCGCCGUUGGACCAAACUGCGUUCAAGCUGGAACUGAUGGAACUGGAGAAUAUUGUCGCCAACACGGUUUACCUCAAGGCCAGGGAAGGUGGUGCAGACUCAAACAAAGGCAAAAGCAAAAAAUGGAAGAAGAUACUGCAGUUUCCGCACAUUUCACAGUGCGUAUAUCUCAAGGACAAAGUUGACAUCUCCUACGGGUACAUUGUGGAGCAGCAGCCAAUUGGCAGACUUCUCUUUCGGCAAUACUGCCAGACGAAACCCCAUUACUGCAAAUGCAACAGCUUCCUAGAUGCUGUGGAAGCUUAUGAAUUGCAGUUGGAUGAAGACCGUGCUUUGGCAGCUCAAGAUGUAUUCAACAAGUUUCUCAGUGAACAGUUAUUACUUCUCCUGCAGUCAAGUGAAUUUGUGGACGUGGUCAAUGAAGAUCUGGUGGAGAAGUGCAAGCAAGGCCUGGCAGAAGCGUCCAAAGAUUUGUUCGCUGAAUGUGCAAGGGCUGUCAAGGAGUUCCUUAUGGGAGGGCCCUUCAAGGAGUUUGAAGGCAGCAUGUACUUUGACCGGUACCUCCAAUGGAAGUGGCUGGAGAGCCAGCCUGUGACUGCCAAGACAUUCCGCAUGUACAGGGUCUUAGGCAAAGGUGGCUUUGGUGAGGUGUGUGCUUGCCAAGUGCGUGCUACAGGCAAAAUGUAUGCUUGCAAAAAGUUGGAGAAGAAGCGCAUCAAAAAGCGGCGUGGUGAGACGAUGGUGCUGAUUGAGAAACAGAUCCUACAAAAGGUCAACUCUCGCUUCGUGGUGAGCCUGGCCUACGCGUACGAGACCAAGGAUGCACUGUGCCUGGUGCUGACCAUCAUGAAUGGCGGGGAUCUCAAGUUCCACAUGUAUUCUAUGGGUGGGGAGCCUGGGUUCGAGCCACAGCGGGCACGCUUCUAUGCGGCAGAAGUGACGCAAGGUCUGGAGCACCUGCAUGCCAAGGGAAUAGUGUACCGUGACCUCAAGCCAGAAAACAUCCUGCUGGAUGACCAUGGCCAUGUACGGAUCUCAGACCUUGGCCUUGCAGUGGAGAUACCCGAUGAGCAGGAGGGUGUCCGGGGUCGUGUGGGAACCGUGGGCUACAUGGCACCUGAAGUGAUCGACAAUGAGCGGUACACCUACAGCCCAGACUGGUUCAGUUUGGGCUGUCUCCUCUACGAGAUGCUUGAGGGCCAAGCCCCCUUCCGCGCACGCAAGGAGAAAGUGAAACGUGAGGAAGUUGAGCGCAGAGUAAAGGAGGAGCGGGAGAAGUACUCAGCGAAGUUCAGUGAGGAGGCCAAGGACUGCUGCCAGCAACUACUGGCAAAAAGCCCCCCAACCCGGCUUGGCUGCCAGGAAGGCCGUGCAGGUGCCCUCCAGGUAAAACGGCACCCUUUCUUCAAGAGCCUUAACUGGAAGAGACUGGAGGCGGGCAUGCUUGAGCCACCUUUCGUGCCCGAUCCACAUGCCGUCUACGCAAAAGAUGUGCUGGACAUCGAGCAGUUCUCCACUGUCAAGGGAGUCAACCUGGAUGCCAGCGAUGACUCCUUCUAUAGCCAGUUCAACAUGGGCUCAGUGUCCAUACCGUGGCAAACUGAGAUGAUCGAGACGGAGUGUUUCAAGGAGCUCAAUGUGUUUGGACCGAGCCAGACGCGGCCCCCUGACCUCUGUUGGGAGCUUCCCCCGGCAGAGGACCGCCGGGGCUGCUUCCCCUUCCGCAGGAAGCCACGAUCCCGGCCCAGCUGAGCACUCCCAGACUAUGCAGACCCUGUAUUCCAGGCAUAAUUGUUGCACCCAAUGGCACUCUGAGCCCAAACCUUUCAGGGACCCUUGUUUGGUGAAUUGUUUGUGCAACGCUAGUCAUGACAUUCCUAGUUUUGGCGGACUACUCUUAAUUUAUUUGACGCUCCUGUUGUGGAGUAAUGUGGCACCAUUUGCAUCCAAACCUUGUGUGUGUUGUCCUGAAAUGGCAGUUUGGUUUUGUUUGUAAUUGCAGGAACGUUUGCGAGUUAACCUGUGGCAAAUGCCCGCAACCCCUACCUUCUGUGUGUUUAAGUGGAGUUGUGAUUGUGCCAUUUACAUUUUUGUAAAUAUGUCAACCAUGGUAAACUAGCUGUUUUGUGACUCCCUCAAAUAAAUUGUCAUCUCUUGGUCAUGGUGAGGCUCACCUUGCUGCUGUUUAGCGAGUGGCCUAAGUGCAGAAUAUUAGAUAAACUGUUGAAUGUGAUGCUUCUGCACUAAAGUGGAAGUAAGUUAUGCUGUAAUUGUCUUUACCAGUGCUAACAAAGGCAGCAGGGUUGUAUUGCUAUGGCUUUGAUGUGCAAAGAGCUCACCUAGUUGCUGCUACCACUAGUGACAUGGUCUCAAGCACACAUAUCAAAGUGGUGCAGCAACUUAGUUUUCAUUCUGUAGUUUUAAAUCAAGCCAUUUUCAUUUCUCUGAAUUACCAUUGUAUGAAGAAAAAUUGAGAAAUGAGUUUAGCAUUAGCAAACAUUGGCCUUGUUGUUGACAGUGGUGUUUUCCACACACGUAAGAUGGGCUGCAUGGCCACCUCUUCCCCAGUACCUUUUUAUGUGUAAUGAGUAUGCUAAAGAUAUUUAAAGUGUCCUUGUACAUUUUGACUUUAUCUUUCUUUUAUCAGAUAGGUGCUUUGUUCCUUUCUUUGCAGGAAAAGACAGUGUUCUUUGAGUGUUAGUUUGCAAGGACGUGUUCUAAGGUUUUACUCAGGGUCAUAUCUAUAAUUUCACAUAAUCUGUAGCUUUAUUCACCAUUUCUUUCCUUUUUUUAGCAUUGGUUGCACUUUUGUGUGCAAUGACACACUGACCUGCUGUACGAUGAAGGACAUUUUAAGUGCACUGUGGAAGUGGAAUUUUUAGGCUGUGCUCUUUGGCUGUAAGGCAGUGAGUGUGCACAGUUGCACACUCCCUGUUUGUUUCACACAGCACAGAAGUGAGCGAAUUUCUUACUGAAGCGAGGUCUGUUGCAGCACAGCAUUGUGAAGUCUACUUGUGCAACAGAAAUGUCAUUAGUACUUGCCAUGGUGUGUUUGGCUGUAGGUGAACUGGGCCUUGGCUGUGUUUUCUGGAAAUGACUUCCUCUCAAGGAUGCCAGGUUGAACGCUUGGUACCCGCAUGCACACACAUACGCACACACAAAUGGGUUAACUGAUUUGUACUUGUCUGUGCUAGUUGUUGUUCAGUAUAGUUUGACAGUGUAUGUAAUUUAUGUUCAGCCCUGGUAGGUAAAGCCCAUUGAAUGCUGAGUGUGGCACCUGCUCAGGAUAAGGGUGGCCUUUUCUGCUUCACCUGUGGCAACACGCCUUGCAAUCAUUUCAGUUACUUUCAGUACGGCUGUAGCAGCAGUAUGGAUGUUGCACCCUGUUGGUCCUCCAAUUGAAGUAUGCUUUGGUAAUCUGCAUCCACUUGUUCGUCAAUAAAAGAAUGCCUUUCCCUAUUAGUA